AUGCGGAUAGCACCUCAAAUCUUGGAAACAUCUCAGAUCCGCAGUGUUUUGAUGGAUGAAAAUUUCGUGCUGAACGGAUGUCGUGAUGGUCACGAUUGGGCAAUCAUCGAACUUGAGGAAAGGAUCAAUUUUACUGAAUCAACAGCACUGCCCAUAUGUUUGCCUCCUGAGCGUCCUGUGGUAGAUCAUGUGCUUACGGUCGCCGGAUGGGGGAGGAGCUACGUGUUCAACGAGAGUGGACCAAUGAUACACGAAAUUCCUAUGAUUGUUGAUCCGAAAUGCGAUCGGCCAUGGAGUGAUAAGCUGCCUUCCCGUGCUGAUGACUAUCUUUGUGCGACCUCGUUGAACAAGUUGGACUAUUUCGCUCCUCGCACAUGUCACGUCAGUUUCAUUAUCUGUGAUUAG